AUGUCAUCUGCAAUUCCUUGGGGUGUCAGCAGUGAUUAUAUAAAGUUUACCUUUCAGUCCAGCAAAAAGCUGAAGCUUGUUCUGGAGCUUGUUGAUUGUGCUAUCGGGGAAGCAAGCAGAGAUGCUAAUUGUCAACUUGAUAACAAUAACUUCCAUGGGAAUGAAAUUCCAGCUUCUUACAGCAACAUGUCAAAACUGUUGAAAUUCCUAGAAUAUCUCUUCCUCGACGGGAACUACUUUCUAGGAUCAAUUCCUCCAUCAUUUACUGCUCUAAAAGGCCUUCAAUCCCUGGAUCUUUCACGCAACAACUUGUCUGGGAAGAUUCCACAAUACCUGGAGAACCUUUAUGCUUUGCAGUAUCUAAAUCUAUCUUACAAUCAUUUCGACGAUGAAUUACCAAAAAAAAGGGAUCUUUGGAAAUGCCAGCGGAGUUUCUAUAGUUGGAAAUAG